GAUACGACGGACAACACGACACGACGGCACGACAGCAGCACGCGACAACGCGACGGCACGCCGCGACGGCAAGAUGGGACGGCACAACGGUCCCCGGUUGAACUUGCCCUUGAAUUCAGUGACAGCGGCAAUCUAGACGCAUUCUACAUUAUAACUCAGAACAUCCGCUCGAAAAAAAACUAAGGGUUAAAGGUCAAAGAUUGAAGGGGAAGUGGAUUAUUAAACCGCCUUCAGAGAAUAUGGAUUGCGUUGAGGUUGUCCGACGACACAAGCUCACAAACGAAGAGAACCCUGGGUCAUACCAAAGUUGAAAAUGGCAGACAGUGAACGGCAGGAAGGAGUGGGAUUCAUAAGUAUUAUUCAGCAUGGCCUUUCCGACGUGCUCCUCGCGAACUAAGCUUGCUGUCGCGUCUGCAGUAGUUGUCAGCCUAAUCGUGUUUGUGAUACUGAUGUGCUACGCCGCUGGGAAGUUCCAACACGACGCAGACGCAGCCUCAUCUUGUCUCGGACGAUGUGGCGAUGGCUAUAGCAGCAGCCACACCUGCCAGUGCAAUGACGCCUGCAGCAAUUAUGGCGACUGUUGCAGCGACUACGAUGUGUACUGCGUGGCAGAUUCCUGCGCCGGCAAAUGCGGUGCGUCUUAUGACAAAACCUUACCCUGCCAAUGCAACGACCUCUGCCCCAACUAUGGCAACUGCUGCUCGGACUACGACAGUCUAUGCACAGGUGGUGGCACCGCCCCAGGCGUGCCUGCUGACAUCUCGGCGUUUGCCACGGCUAUAUGGAAGGCUGACACCAGUCGGGCCACCGUGGGCACAGAUAUAACGAUCAACUAUGGCAAUUAUAUCAGUAGCUCAUCCUCUACGACGGACGUGUCACCUAACAGACUCUUCACUUCCAUCGACCCGGCGAUCCUGACCAGACCCACCUUCAAGGCUCUCAUCAACCUCUUCGAUAACUACGUCACCAGUCAGGGCACGACUGAGAGCCGGUCGUCCGCUGAGCAGGCUGAAGAAGACGCCUUCAUGGACGCCAUCUUUAAAACCGCGGUUAUGACACAGGCGUACAAGUUCGUGACGGCGAAAAACUAUUUCUCUGGAAGUCUAAGCCAGUACAAAGAUUUCGUUCGAGGACUCCUCUUCAAGCCCUACACCCGCAAAGCCACCAGUGAUACCUCAGGCUUCGAGCACGUCUUUGUCGGCGAAUGGUCCAGCAGUACGUCGGUGUCCGGGUUCCACAACUGGGUGCGCCUGUACCUGCUGGAAAAAAAUGGCCUCGCCAACUAUCAUGGGUACUUAAAUAAAAUACAGAAUGGCAUUGUCAAGUUCCAGUUCAAGUGGUCUAAUCGAGUCAAGCCAAUCACCUCCAUCAUGAUCGGCGGCAGCCCCGAGUUCGAAGUGGCCAUGUUCUCCACCUGCUUCCUGAAGUCGCCCAACGCCUUGUGCAAGCUCAAGCUCAACGGAAGCAGCGCCAAUAUCCAGACCUACGACUACAAGGGAGAUGACGUGUUCGGCUCGGCGUACUUUGCGGCUUAAAUGUCGCCACUCGUCAUAAGGGGGAAGAUGCAACAAAUGGUCGGACAAGAAAAUCUGAGGAGAUUCAAAGUGCAAAUUGCAAAAGCUAGAUUAAGAAACGCCCCGCCUUCUAACAUUUCGCCCGUCGUGAAAUUUGUUCAGAUGAGAAGAACAGUUUCACUUCACCAUCAGAAUAAAGAUUUUACUUAGAGUAGAUUGAUCACUACAAAAUUUCUCGAAGACAUUCGAUUUUCCUGAAAUAAGAAACUGUCUGUUCUCUGAACUCUGACGGCAGGUUUACCGCAUAACGCAAGUUUAGCUCACCUACUUCUGAAUGAUAUGAAUAAAGUUACUAGCUUAGUCUGCAAGCACAACAGUGUCGCGACCCCCCAGAACUCUGUUCAAUGUCAUCCUGGUUAAACGUGAAAUUCACCCAAAAUCACGCCCCCUCUUUGUCAAUGAGAGAGAUAAGAGGGGCGUUUUUGAUGGGUUCACGGGUACUAAUAAAUAUAACACAGGUUGUCCAAGAGCACGUUAUCGGUGUUCAAACCGAUAAUGUGCAACAUGGGUGGCCACCUUGGUUGCCAGAAAAUCCUAGUCUCACGGAACUUCAUUCAAGGGGCCGACUGUCGCACAGCUAAAAACCACAAAGGACUAUCCGUUACGCUACUUUUUAAUAAUGAUUGUGCAACCUUAGAUUCACAAUUUAGUGCGCCACCUAAAGGUUGUCACGGAGAGGCCUUUUCUUUCCAAAAUAGUCGACAGAGUCUCAUUCGCCAAUUGCGUUGUGCGUGGGAAUUUUCAAUUGUUCCGAAUAUUUGUCUUGGUUGAAAAUUCAACAUUCCUUACUGCGAAUGGGUGUUAGGUAGUCAUAAAGAUUGUUUUGGGUGCGCUCAAUCGCAGCAGCGUGUCGACCGUAAACUUGAAAAGUGGCCAGUUUGUGGCAAGCUGUUGGUGGCGCACGGUAAUGUGAAUCGCCCGUAUUGUCUCAUCUCGUGAUACAGCCCAACUCAGCCGAAAUUCAAGGCCGUAAUAAAACUUGAUAGUAGCAUCACCGCACUGGUGCAUCGUGCAUGCCUAAUUGGUUACCUACACUGAAAGAUGUAGUUUUUAAUAUAUUUAAAACCAUCCACGCUUUCCCGGACAACUUAGGACGCUGUUGUGAUGUUGUAGCGGACUGCACACAAUGCAUGUUUACGCUUUUAGGCACUCCACGGCUGUUUGCAUAUUGAUAACCUGUCUUUGUGAGGAAUGUUGGUUAAAUGGCCUUGCCAAGAUGGCGUCUUGUUAAACAUACUCAUGAGGAUGACGAGCAAAUAAAUGAAUUAAUGCAAAUCUAAAAAAAGACCUUUCCAAUCUUUGCUCAUCUCUAAGCAGACUUGUAAAGUAACUUUGCCCUUACUAUGUCAUCUAGGGAAGACAUUGGGUGCAUAUUUUUUUCUGUUCAACUUUUAAUACUCAAUGAAAACAGAUUUUCACAGCAAGGGUUGAUUGCUCUCUUAUUGGUAUAUUCUUAUACAACAGUGAAUCACCAAAGGAGACAAAAGUCAGUCAAGCUAAGUCUUCAAAGAUAGGACUUUUUGUGCACAAACCAAUUUAACAUCAAGGCUUGCUUCCUGGGAUGACAUCACAGUUUUGCUCAUGAAUAUGGA